GAGCAACAUAAACUCUCUCUUGUAUCAGCAGAAGUGCAAAGGACCACACAAACCACAAAAACGUAACAAGUAGAGAGAUCGCUUCUCUACUCAAAUCUAUCAGCCAAAAAAAAAACAUGGCUUCGCUUGUGUAUUCUCCCUUCACUCUAUCAACAUCCAAAGCAGAGCAUCUCUCUUCCCUCUCCAACACUACCAAACACUCCUUCCUCCGCAAGAAAGCUCGCUCCACCAAACCCACCAAAUCCUUGUUCAAGGUCAAGUCCGUUGUCUCAGGCAACGGUCUCUUCACUCAGACAAACCCUGAAGUCCGCCGUAUAGUCCCCAUCAAAAGAGACAACGUCCCCACCGUGAAAAUCGUCUACGUCGUUCUCGAGGCUCAGUACCAAUCAUCCCUCUCCGAGGCCGUGCAACAACUCAACAAGACGUCAAGAUUCGCCUCCUACGAAGUCGUUGGUUACUUGGUGGAGGAGCUUCGUGACAAGAACACUUACAACAGCUUCUGCAAAGACUUAGAAGACGCCAACAUCUUCAUUGGAUCUUUGAUCUUCGUGGAGGAAUUGGCUCUUAAAGUCAAGGAGGCUGUUGAGAAACAGAGAGAUAGGAUGGAUGCUGUUCUUGUCUUCCCUUCGAUGCCUGAGGUAAUGAGACUGAACAAGUUAGGUUCGUUCAGUAUGUCUCAGUUAGGUCAGUCCAAGUCUCCGUUUUUCCAACUCUUUAAGAGGAAGAAAGGAACAGGAUCAGCUGGCUUUGCAGACAGUAUGUUGAAGCUUGUUAGGACAUUACCCAAAGUUUUGAAGUACUUACCUAGUGACAAGGCUCAAGACGCGCGUCUCUACAUCUUGAGUUUACAGUUCUGGCUUGGUGGUUCUCCUGAUAACCUCCAGAACUUUGUUAAGAUGAUAUCCGGAUCUUACAUCCCGGCCUUGAAAGGUGUCAAGAUUGAGUAUUCAGAUCCUGUCUUGUUCUUGGAUACUGGAAUCUGGCAUCCUCUUGCUCCAACCAUGUUUGAUGACGUGAAGGAGUACUGGAACUGGUACGACACUAGAAGAGACACUAACGACUCUCUCAAGAGGAAAGACGCGACUGUUAUCGGUUUAGUUCUUCAGAGGAGUCACAUUGUGACUGGUGAUGAUGGUCAUUACGUGGCUGUUAUCAUGGAGCUUGAAGCUAGAGGCGCUAAGGUGGUUCCUAUAUUCGCAGGAGGGUUAGAUUUCUCUGGUCCAGUUGAGAGAUAUUUUGUUGAUCCUGUGACUAAACAGCCUAUUGUGAACUCUGCCAUCUCCUUGACCGGUUUUGCUUUAGUUGGUGGACCUGCGAGGCAGGAUCAUCCUAGGGCUAUUGAGGCGUUAAAGAAGCUUGAUGUUCCUUACCUUGUGGCGGUACCGCUUGUGUUUCAGACUACAGAGGAAUGGCUUAACAGCACGCUUGGUCUGCAUCCUAUCCAGGUGGCUUUGCAGGUUGCUCUCCCUGAGCUUGAUGGAGGGAUGGAGCCAAUUGUUUUCGCUGGUCGUGACCCUAGAUCAGGGAAGUCACAUGCUCUUCACAAGAGAGUGGAGCAACUCUGCAUAAGAGCUAUUAGAUGGGGAGAGCUCAAAAGAAAAACUAAGGCAGAGAAGAAGGUAGCAAUCACUGUUUUCAGUUUCCCACCAGACAAAGGAAAUGUAGGAACUGCAGCUUACCUCAACGUCUUUGCAUCCAUCUUCUCAGUCCUAAAAGACCUCAAGAGAGAUGGUUACAACGUGGAGGGACUACCUGAGACAGCAGAGACUCUCAUCGAAGAGAUUCUUCACGACAAGGAAGCUCAGUUCAGCAGUCCUAAUCUCAACGUUGCUUACAAAAUGGGAGUCCGUGAGUACCAAACCCUCACACCUUACGCAGCCGCCUUGGAAGAGAACUGGGGGAAGCCUCCAGGGAACUUAAACUCAGACGGAGAGAAUCUUCUUGUCUUUGGCAAAACGUAUGGUAACGUUUUCAUCGGCGUGCAACCAACGUUUGGGUAUGAAGGUGAUCCCAUGAGGCUGCUUUUCUCCAAAUCAGCGAGUCCUCAUCAUGGCUUUGCUGCUUACUACUCUUACGUGGAGAAGAUCUUCAAAGCUGAUGCUGUUCUUCACUUUGGAACACAUGGUUCUCUUGAGUUUAUGCCAGGGAAGCAAGUGGGGAUGAGUGAUGCUUGUUUCCCGGAUAGUCUCAUUGGUAACAUCCCCAAUGUUUACUACUAUGCAGCUAACAACCCCUCAGAAGCAACGAUUGCGAAGAGGAGAAGUUACGCGAAUACAAUCAGUUAUCUGACUCCACCAGCUGAGAACGCUGGUCUAUACAAAGGGCUGAAGCAGUUGAGUGAGCUUAUCUCAUCGUACCAGUCUCUCAAGGACACUGGAAGAGGUCCACAGAUUGUUAGCUCCAUCAUCAGCACUGCUAAGCAAUGCAAUCUUGACAAGGAUGUGGAUCUUCCUGAUGAAGGAGCUGAGCUUUCUGUUAAAGAAAGAGAUCUGACUGUUGGAAAAGUCUACUCCAAGAUUAUGGAGAUUGAGUCUAGGCUUCUGCCCUGUGGUCUCCACGUCAUUGGAGAGCCUCCAUCUGCAAUGGAAGCUGUUGCUACACUUGUCAACAUCGCUGCGUUAGAUCGUCCCGAGGAUGACAUCACAUCUCUUCCUUCUAUAUUAGCUGAGUGUGUUGGAAGGCAGAUUGAAGAUGUGUACAGAGGAAAUGACAAGGGUAUCUUAAGCGAUGUGGAGCUUCUCAAACAGAUCACUGAUGCUUCACGUGGUGCUGUUUCUGCAUUCGUUGAGAAGACUACAAACAGCAAAGGACAGGUUGUUAAUGUCUCUGACAAGCUUACUUCAAUCCUCGGGUUUGGUAUCAAUGAGCCAUGGGUUGAGUAUCUAUCAAACACAAAGUUUUACCGUGCCAACAGAGAUAAGCUGAGAACAGUGUUUGGCUUCCUUGGAGAGUGCUUAAAGUUGGUGGUCAUGGACAACGAGCUUGGAAGCUUAAUGCAAGCUUUGGAAGGGAAGUACGUUGAGCCAGGUCCAGGUGGUGAUCCCAUCAGAAACCCCAAAGUUCUACCAACUGGUAAAAACAUUCACGCCUUGGAUCCUCAGGCUAUUCCAACAACAGCAGCAAUGGCAAGUGCCAAGAUUGUAGUGGACAGGUUGAUUGAAAGACAGAAGAUGGAGAACGAAGGGAAGUAUCCAGAGACAAUCGCUCUUGUUCUUUGGGGAACUGAUAAUAUCAAGACGUAUGGUGAGUCUCUUGGACAGGUUCUUUGGAUGAUUGGUGCUAGACCUGUUGCUGAUGGUCUUGGUAGAGUGAACCGUGUUGAGCCUGUGAGCUUAGAAGAACUUGGAAGGCCUAGGAUUGAUGUUGUUGUUAACUGCUCUGGAGUCUUCCGUGAUCUGUUCAUCAAUCAGAUGAAUCUUCUUGACCGAGCGAUCAAGAUGGUGGCUGAGCUAGACGAGCCAGUUGAGCAAAACUUUGUGAGGAAACACGCCAUGGAACAAGCUGCAACGCUUGGCGUUGACAUCAGAGAGGCAGCCACAAGAGUUUUCUCAAACGCAUCAGGGUCAUACUCAUCAAACAUCAGUCUAGCUGUUGAGAACUCUUCAUGGAACGAUGAGAAACAGCUUCAGGACAUGUACUUGAGCCGCAAGUCUUUCGCGUUUGAUAGUGAUGCUCCUGGAGCAGGAAUGGCUGAGAAGAAACAGGUCUUUGAGAUGGCUCUUAUGACUGCAGAAGUCACAUUCCAGAACCUUGAUUCUUCCGAGAUUUCGUUGACCGACGUGAGCCAUUACUUUGACUCUGACCCUACAAACCUUGUUCAGAGUUUGAGGAAAGACAAGAAGAAACCUAGCGCUUACAUUGCGGAUACAACAACCGCAAACGCUCAGGUGAGGUCACUAUCUGAGACAGUGAGGCUAGACGCAAGAACAAAGCUGCUGAAUCCAAAGUGGUACGAAGGGAUGAUGUCAAGUGGAUACGAAGGAGUUCGUGAGAUAGAGAAGAGGCUGACCAACACUGUUGGAUGGAGUGCAACUUCAGGCCAAGUAGACAACUGGGUCUACGAAGAGGCCAACACAACUUUCAUCAAGGACGAGGAGAUGCUUAACCGUCUGAUGAACACUAAUCCAAACUCCUUCAGGAAAAUGAUCCAAACUUUCUUGGAAGCCAAUGGUCGUGGUUACUGGGAGACUUCUGAAGACAAUAUCGAGAAGCUCAAGGACUUGUACUCUCAGGUGGAAGACAAGAUUGAAGGGAUCGAUAGAUAA